UAAAUAAAGCAAUAAAGUGCCCAAGAUUGUCACCACGAUGAAUUGUCACUGCAGCAAAUUGUACCCGUGACGAAUUAACUCUUAGAUAAAUUGUUCCACAACAAAUUUUGCACAACGAAUUGACGUAGAACCGAGAGCAAGCGAAGAUGAUAACUAUAAUAGGAAAGUUCAUUUUCAAAAUCUGCCAUUUUACUCUAUGUUGUUAAUUUCUUUCAGAUUGAAUUUUUGUUGUACUUUUUUUUUCUUUGAACAAAAUUACGCCUAAGUUGGUCAAAGAAAUGUCUUUUAAAAGCGGCUUUCACCAGUUUCUCAUAUUGCUUUAUAAAGGAGCACUUUUGAGAAAGCGGCACUACAUAGUUACCUUUUUUGAAAUCGUCAUUCCCGUCUUUAUUGCAAGUAUAAUGCCUAUGAUAAUGUCAGAACAGAGAAGUAAGUUUCCUGAAUAUAUCAAGUUUGAAAGAGAUAAUCGGGGAAAAGAUGAUUAUUGGCAAAGUGCUGUAACUUAUGAACCUUUCUCUCCUUACAAAAAUAAUAUUCAUUAUCGUAGCUUUUUCUUUGUGUAUACUCCACCAAAUGAUAUGACUACUGAUUUCAUGAAAAAUGCUAUUGAAAGAUUCAAAGAUGAUCCUGAAGGAGUAUUUCAGAUUGAUAUUAAAAUGGCCUCAGCGCAAACAGAAGAAGAGCUGGAGAAAAUUUGCUUAAACGCAAUGUUAGGAUCUAGAUACGGCAAUAAUUAUGUUAUCGGAACAAUAUUCAAGAAUUUUAAUCCCAGUAAAAAGGGAUAUCCACCAUCCCUUGACUAUAUAAUUAGGUAUGGAGAUACCUCAUUUGCAACCUCAAGAAAAUACAGAGUAAAUGGACCGCAUAGGGAUACAGAGUAUGCGGAUACCUUUUUUCUAAUGUGGCAAGCAUCAAUUGAAGAUACAUUUAUAGAGAAGAAGAUGAAUGAGUCUGGAAAACAGUUCGAUUAUAAGGUCAAUAUGCAAAGAUUUCCUUAUCCUGAACACAAGAAGGUUGAAAGUAUGUACAAUGAAGUUUCAAUUGUUCCAAUGCUGUUUUUGUAUGGGUAUUUAAUUUUCGUCCUCAACCUUUUAAGAAGAGUUAUCGAAGAAAAAACUAAUGGCUCGAAAGAACUGAUGAAAAUGAUGGGAAUGUCGGAUACUGUGUACUGGAUCAGUACAUUUGCAAAUUAUUUCAUUGUCGGCUUAUUUACAGUUAUUUGCAUAACAAUUAUCUACAAAGUUCCUCUGAAGACUGGAUAUAUUUUUUUGGAAAACACUAAUAUAAUUUUACUUUUCUUCAUGCUUUUGCUGUAUUUGUCUAGUGUCAUACUGUUCUGCUUAGCGUUCUCAAUAUUCUUUAACAGAGCUGUUUUUGCGAUCAUUGUCUUCAUUAUCAUAUGGAAUGUUUCUCACUAUAUGAUCUGGAUAACAUAUUUUAUUUACGAUAUUGACGGCAAAUUCUUUAAUUUAUCUCAGAUUGCUAAACUUGCAAUUUGUCUACUUCCAACAGGCAGUGUGCAAAUCAUGUUUAGCAUUAUUUCCCUUCACAAGCAAUUUAAAGAAGGCGUUACAUGGAGCAACUUGACAGAAUUUAUAAUCACUCCAGAUAUGAAUAUGCUCAUGGUCUUAGCAGUGAUGUUCUUUUCCUGCUUUCUUUACAUUUUAAUUAUUUGGUAUUUUGACAAGGUUUGGCCUUGGCAGCCUGGAGUGCCACAGCCAUUUUAUUUCCCAUUUACAAAAAGCUACUGGUUGGGUAGCAGGCCGGAAAAAGCCAAUGAGUUGGAAAUGACAGGAGAAAAUAAUCGUGAUGAUGAAUUUUUUGAGGAAGAACCACGUGGAAGUUUUCCUGGAGUGGCAAUACAUAACUUAUAUAAAUCGUUUCAAGUUGGAUUUCAAACAAAGAUGGCUGUCAAGAAUUUAUCUUUGAAUAUAUACCAAGGACAGAUAACUGCACUGCUUGGUCACAAUGGUGCUGGAAAGACUACAACAAUUAAUAUUCUGACUGGCCUUUAUGCUCCUACUAGUGGAACUGCUUCAAUCAAUGGAGUUGAUAUUUUAACCAAUACAAGUCAAGCUCGAAAAGGUCUUGGUGUAUGUCCUCAACAUAAUGUCCUGUUUAACACCUUAACAGUCAUGGAACAUUUAAAAAUUUUUGCUGGGUUGAAAGGAGUGCCAUUAAGACAACUUGAACAUGAAGCACUAAAAACACUAAACAUUUUGAAAUUGAUGGAGAAAAGGGAUGAACUUGUGAAGAAUCUUUCUGGUGGAAUGAAAAGAAAAUUAAGUCUUGGAAAUGCUAUUGUUGGAGAUUCUAAAGUACUGUUUUUGGAUGAACCAACUUCGGGAUUGGAUGUUGAAGCCAGGCGCAGUGUGUGGGAUGUCCUUCUUGAUAUUAGGCAUGAUCGCACAAUUAUUCUAACAACACACUACAUGGAAGAGGCUGACAUACUAGGAGAUCGCAUAGCCAUCAUGGCAGAAGGAGAAGUGCAAUGCUGUGGAUCUCCCAUAUAUUUGAAACGAAAAUUUGGAACAGGUUAUCAUUUACACAUGGUAAAGCUACCCGAUUUCAACUUGGAACAGAUAAAUGUUAUGUUGAAAAAGCAUAUUCCUGAUAUCAAAGUUGUGAAAGAAUUAGAAAAUGAAAUUACUUUCAAUUUAUCGUCAAAUACUGGUUCUGUUUUUGGAAAUAUGUUUGAAGAAUUAGAAAGUCGAAAGGACAAGCUUGGAAUAAACUCAUGUGGCAUCACAGUAACAACCAUGGAAGAUGUUUUCUUAAGGGUAUCAAAUAUGUCGGAUUUAAAAUACAUGAAAAAAGAUGCUAACAGACAAUUGCUGCAAGGAGUGUCUGUGGAAUUUGAAGAAGUGUAUGGAGGUUUACCGGAUAUGAAGACAUACAGUAUUUUCAAUCAAUUGCAUGCUCUUCUGGAGAAACGUUUCCAUUACACCAAAAGACACUGGAGUAUCCUAAUUACUCAAGUGGCGUUACCUUUCCUACUGGUUUUCCUCUGCCUCUUAGCUAUACGAGGGGUACAAGGUGAGCUGAGAGAAAACUUCGAUCCAAUCAAACUGGAUAUUAGCAGCGUUUAUGGUUCCACUGAUGGUUUCUAUUAUUCAACAACAGAGCAAAAACUAACAAACGAAGUCAUUAAUGUGAUGAGAGAAAAUAACGUAAAUUCUGCUAACGUAAAAAAUCCUACUCAUUUUGUACUCGAUUACGGAAAAAACAGUUUAACUGACUAUUUUAAAAAACUCAUGGUUGGAAUAAGCGUUGACAAGUUCACCAAUGGAACAGUCAAUUUAACAGCUUGGUACAACGGUGAACCAUACCAUAGUUUACCUAUGUCACUGCUAUUGGCUCACGAUUCUGUUCUGAAGUAUGUAAGUUCUGAUAAAGCUUCAAUUUCUUUAGUCAAUGCGCCGUUGCCAAGAUAUCAUCAACAAUAUAAUUCUAGAGAUAUUGGUGUUGAGGGGCAAAUUGCUGGUGUUUUUAUACCAUUGGCGUUAGGUUUUAUCGCCGCAACAGUUGUGUUACUGCCCAUCCACGAACGAACUUCAAAAUCGCAGCUGCUGCAAAUGAUGACUGGAGUUUCUCACAUAACCUAUUGGUUUGCCAUGUUUUUAUGGGACUUUUUGUUAUUUUUUACUGUGUCUAUUAUCCUGAUUAUACCAUUUGCUAUAUUCUACGGCUAUGUAUUUUUUGGAGCUCACGCUGACGCUAUUGGUACUACUCUCCUGAUGUUUUGGCUGUAUGGGUUAUCCUCCAUACCCUUAAGUUACUUGAUAUCGUUCAUAUUCAGCAAAGGAAAUACUGGAUUCUCUGUUAUAAUUGCCAUGAGUGUAAUUAUUGGCACAGCCAUGUCAACGAUUUUAGCAAUAGUUUAUUAUUCCGUUGAUACUCCUUCAAGGCCUAUUGUGGAAGGAUUCAUGUGGUUUUUCCGAAUUUUCCCCUCAUAUUCAGUAGCAUCUGGAUCCAUAAAUUUGUUCACACUUGCUUUUAGAAAUGCGUAUUGCGAUGGCAUAUCAGAAGAAGACUUGGCGUAUAACUGCAAGGAAGAAUAUUUAGAGGCGUAUAGUGCCUUAUACAAGUGCUGUAAAGAUUUCUGUGGCCAGUAUUGCCUAAAUCAAACAACAAUAAUGCAAUGGGACAAGAUUGGUUGUGGUCGAGACCUAUUUUUCUUGUUCAUCGAUUUCAUCUUAUAUACUGCUAUACUGUUACUUUUACAGUCUAGUUUAUUUCAAAGAAUUUGGCGCCAAGUACGAAAUGAAUUUAGCCGAUUAGCGAAAAGACCCAUUAUUGGCCCGACUACUCCAUCAGUAAUCUCUGAAGAUAAUGAUGUAAUUUCAGAAGAGCAUCGCGUUCAUAACAUACAAGGCAUUAGAGACAAUGGGGAAGAAGCUCUGAUUAUAAAGGAUCUUUCAAAAAUAUUUAAAAACUUUUUCGCCGUGGAACGAUUGAGUGUUGGAAUUCAUCAAGAGGAAUGUUUUGGAUUACUUGGUGUUAAUGGUGCAGGAAAAACAACCACAUUCAGGAUGUUGACUGGUGAUUGUCAUCCGAGCAAUGGGAAUGCUUUUACUGUACUUUCUUCUUUAAUGUCGAACACUAAACGAUUUCCUCACCAGAUUUGGUGUCAUUUAACACUAUGUAUGCCUCUAAAUGUUCCUAGUUUAAUUAAAAAUUCCUUGUUUAUUAAAAAGAAAAUACAGGGCACAGCCAUGUCAACGAUUUUAGCAAUAGUUUAUUAUUCCGUUGAUACUCCUUCAAGGCCUAUUGUGGAAGGAUUCAUGUGGUUUUUCCGAAUUUUCCCCUCAUAUUCAGUAGCAUCUGGAUCCAUAAAUUUGUUCACACUUGCUUUUAGAAAUGCGUAUUGCGAUGGCAUAUCAGAAGAAGACUUGGCGUAUAACUGCAAGGAAGAAUAUUUAGAGACGUAUAGUGCCUUAUACAAGUGCUGUAAAGAAGCUAGUCGNACUGAUUUAACUGAUCAUGCUGAUAAGCAGAGUAGAUUUUACAGUGGUGGAAGUAAACGAAAACUCUCUGUGGGCCUGGCCCUGAUUGGGUCACCUCCACUGAUUUUGCUGGAUGAACCAACAGCUGGCGUUGAUCCAGUGUCAAGAAGAAAAAUCUGGAACAUAUUGGCUCAAGCAAGGAAUCAUUCAAAAGCAGCCGUUAUAUUGACAACACACAGCAUGGAAGAAAGUGAAGCUCUAUGUAGUAGGUUGGCCAUAAUGGUAAAUGGAAGAUUCAGAUGCCUAGGUUCGAUUCAACAACUGAAAUCAAAAUUUGGGCAAGGUUAUACUUUAAUUAUUAAACUGCAAAAAGAAGCUUCAGAUAAUACACAAAGUAUUGAUUUAAUUAAAUCACUUAUAGUGAGUAAACUACCAGGAGCUGAAUUGAAAGAUGAUCACCAAGGAAUGCUGCAAUAUCAUAUCAUAAAUCCAAGUCUGAGAUUAAGUCAGCUUUUCAAGAUUAUGGAAGAAAUGAAAGCACAGUUUGAUUUAGAAGAUUAUUUGAUCAGUGAUACAUCAUUGGAGCAAAUAUUUUUGACUUUUGCUCGAGCACAGAGAGUUACACAAUAAUAUUACUAAAUUGGUAACUAACUUACCAAAUAUUUUCUACCUCAAUAAGCUUUUAAUAAAAAGCAAAGUAUAAAGAUUCAUUGAAAUUCACUUGCACUAUUGCUUCAAACAUUGGUACUCCUUCGUUACUUUUUUUAAUAAUCCUUUGUACAAAGCAGUUAAUUUUGAAUCAUUGAUUAAAAUAAUUUAUAUUUCAUUUAUUCCAUUGCAAGCUUUGUAAUGCUCUUCUCGAUUCCAGUGGCUCUGCGACAUUAUAGUCUUUCUGCACGGAUAACAUGUUUUCCUUUAAGUAAAAGUAGAAGCCAUGAUGGUAAAACUAAACCCUAGAAAUAAUAAAAAUAUGAAAAAAAUAAGGAGAAUUGUAACUUUUAUCAAACCAAUGGAAAAUCUUCGCCAACUUACAAAAUGUUUAUUUAUCACUUACACAAAAUGAUCAAUUGUUUGUAGAAAUGAAGUAAAACGAGCGUUCUCUUAAUUUAUUUAGAAGACAGUUGAAUUAAAGCAGCUGUUAUUUACAUUCCGAAAAAAAAGUGUGUGCGCGUGGAUAAAAGAAUAGAUAAAAAGGAAAAUACGUAGGAGUCUACUUCGGUUAACAGAGGCAUUCGAAUAAAAGAAGUUAGAAUAACUGAAGUUCAGUAUAUUUUAAUGCUUGGCGUUGAUUUUUGAAAUUAAUUAUUAUGUUUUUAUGUCAGAGUAAAGAUUUUCUCUCUAUUUCUUUAUCAAAAUGUUAUUAAUAUGUUAUUAAAAUGUUAUUAAUUUACACAAAUGUUAUUCCAAAAGGUUUCUUUCCCUUUGUUAUACCAUUACUGUGUUAUAUCAUUAUCUUGUUUAAAUGCAAAUAUCUGUUUAAACACUAAAAUUCCUCUAUUAUUGAUACACAAGAUAUUAAGUAUUUAAUACACUAAAAUGUAUUUUAUUUAAUCGGUUUUGUCAAAACGGAAGUAAAAAAAGUAGGGUAAAAGUUCUUAAUAUGAAAUACACUAUUUAAAAUUACAGUUCGACCAUAAUAAUUAUUACUAUAUUAUGUCUAAUGUACAUUUAAUCAAUGUAAAUCAUUUGGGAUAGGUAAAAUGAGUAAAACUUUAAAGCUCCAUGUCCUCAAAAAUGCAAAAAAUAAAAUAUUUUUAAAAAAUCUGCAAAAUAUAUAAAAGGUAUCUUAAUAUAUGAAAUAGUGUCAAGAUUAACAAAAAUAUCUUAAGUUUAAAAAUUCUAAUUGUACAAAAAAAAAAGUAAAAUAUUCGUGUCAACUUUCUCGCAACGUUUCUUUUAUUUGCAUUUCAAUUAUGAAGUUCGAGCGCACAAAAUUGUCUUCUCUGAUCCCAUCUACUGAACUAACAAGUUCAUUCGAUUUACGUUAAUACUGUUUGCUCCAAUCGUCUACCUAGAACCG